AUGGACAAUCCUCCUGGGAGAUAUUUACCAACAAAUUUCAAUAUUUUUGAUUUUUUUUUUGGAUCUCAACCAACACACUCAUUGGUCUAUAAUUCAAAUCAAAAUUUAAACGAUAAAAAUUUUUCUAAUAAUCUUGAAAAUUCAUAUUUUACUGGCACAACGAUGGUUAAUAAUUUAAUAAAUUCAAGCAAAAUGAAUCUUACCGAGGAUUCUAAACUUGAGUCAGAAAAAAGUAGUUCUGAUGAAAAAAAAAGUAACACUCGUGUUACAGGAAUGAUUGGCGGUGUAAUUGAUGCUUUAACAAACAUCGUCUCUAAAAUAACUAAUUUUACUUCAACAGUAAAUAGAUCACUGUCUGUAACAGUAGUUCCACAGGAAAGUUUUCCAACAGAGUAUGUCGUAAGACCGCUGACUGAUGGUGAACAUUUUACCACGGAUGAUUCAACGCUGAUGAAUACUUCGAAGCGUUAUCAAAAUUACAUCAGAAGAUCGCAUACAAUAGAGGCUUUUAAUAAUUUGUCGCAAAGAAUUUCUGAUGAUACUAAUAAUUAUAGUAUGUGGGGUGAUAACGCACAUGACUAUUACUAUCAUCAGCAGAUGAAUGCUUCUCUUUUAUACUCUCAGCACGCUCCUGAUGUACAAUUGGCUAUUGAAGAAAACUUCAAAGUAAAUAAGGAACAGUUGAAGCCUGCUCCUGAUUCCGUUCAAAAGAUGGAUAAUAAUCAGCUAAACUCUCAAUAUAUUAAAGAUUUAGCUAUGGCUAUGGAGGAGAGCUUGAAGACCAUCAAGAUUAAUUAUAAGCCUCGUGAAUCUGGAUUCGAAAAAUCGGAAACAAAAAUGACAACAGUUACUGAUAAUAAUUUAUCUAAAUCAGACGAUGCUAUGGAAUCCGAUAAUGAUUGCGUAGAUUUGUCUGCUGAACAAAUCUUUGAAACGAAAUCUCGUCUACCGAAAAAACGUUCUAAUAAUAGAAACGCGGUUGCUCAGACUCUUGGAAAAAAUAGACGUAGAAUACCAUUGAGAAAAUCUACUACCACAGGCCAAAUGAAGCAUAGAAAGGAAAAAAGUAAAAAUAUUAUUUAUUCGGCUAUUCAAAAUGAUUUAAAUACCUGGGAGGGUACGGUAGUUGAUUCAUCGGCGGACGAGUUAUGCAGUAUUAUUUCUUCAUCUGACGAAGAUGAAAACAGAGAUGACCAAAAAAAGUGUUCGCUCAAUUUUGAAAAUUAUAUUAUUGUAGAAAAAUGCGCAUUGGGAGACCCACCAAUUGAUAAUAUUAUUGAUACGUCUGCUAUUAAAGAUGUGAUUGAUGAAAAAUUAACGGAGAGCUUUAAUCAUUCCAACAAGCGGGUACCAGAGGAUUGUCAACAAAUCCAUUUACCUGAAAGUCCUGUUAAAUCUCAGGACUGUUUGGUACGAUUUAAUCUAGAACCAACUGUCCACACAAUAAUAAAAUGGGACUUUGCAUACCGCGCAGCUCGUAAAGGACCUUGGGAACAGAUGGCUCGCGACAGAGAUCGUUUUAGAACAAGAAUUUGCUCCACCGGUCGAGUUAUUGAACCUGUGCUGGCAACGAAACAUCGGGACUGCGUUUGGCGAGACCGAUUUGCUGCUACUGAUUAA